CAGAUAUGUGUCCUUCCAAUCAAAUAAAUUUCCGAACUAACAAAACACAACAAAGGCCUAAAACCAAGUGCACCAACCACGAAGAAUUCUCCAAAACCUUAUAAUAUUUCUGUCUUUCCCUUCCGAGUCUCAGAAGACACAGGGAUCUCAUUAGCUUUCUCUCUUUUUUAUCUUUUGGUUGGUAAAUUCCUCGUUUAUUUGACACCCUUUUGAGUUUUGACACGGUUCUUUUACAUUUCGCCAUUAAAAAGCGAUCACGAAGUGGGUGAUAUCAAAUUCCGCAGGGAAGUGGUUUUCUCGUGAUUCUCGUUUCCAAACGGUUUCCUUAACCGGAUCUUGCUCCGGUUAUUAGGGUUGUUUUCCAGGUAUUGGGUCUCUUCCAUGAGGGUCUCUGUUGCUUUCAUGGAGGAUUGGCAACUCAAAACUUGUUAGAUAAUGCAGAUCAGCUCCCAAUUUCUACAUUCAGCUUAUUUUUUGGUGAACAUAUAUUCAGAAGAUUUUAAAUAAAAUGGGAAUCCUUUCACGCAGUGCUGUUAGCAGAAAACCAAAUGAGACCAUGAGGCUUAUUGUUACUACUUUUGUUGGAGUAGUUUUUGGGUUCUUCAUAGGAGUAUCGUUUCCAACCUUGUCAUUAACUAAGCUGAACCUAUCAUCCAACCUUCUUCCUUCCAUUGAUCUCUCAUACAUCACGGAUAAAGAAUCAGGCCUUCGAAAUGUUUUUUCAUCUACGAAUAGUAAUCCCAGCAGCUCAACUCGAGCUCAAAAUUUGAAUGAUUCAUCAAAGAUUUGGGUUCCUUCAAAUCCUAGAGGUGCAGAAAGACUGCCUCCAGGAGUUGUUGAAGCUGAGUCAGACUUCUACCUGCGAAGAUUGUGGGGUAAGCCCAGUGAGGACUUAACUAGAAAACCACAGUACCUUGUGACCUUCACUGUAGGUUAUAAUCAGAAAAGCAAUAUUGACGCAGCAGUGAAAAAGUUUUCAGAGAACUUUACAAUCCUUCUAUUUCAUUACGAUGGCCGAACAACUGAAUGGGAUGAGUUUGAGUGGUCGAAGAAAGCUAUUCAUGUGAGCGCUCCUAAGCAGACUAAAUGGUGGUAUGCCAAACGAUUUCUGCAUCCAGACAUAGUGGCUCCGUAUGACUACAUAUUUAUGUGGGAUGAAGACCUGGGAGUUGAACAUUUUAAUGCAGAAGAAUACAUAAAACUAGUGAGGAAACAUGGCUUGGAGAUUUCGCAGCCCGGUUUGGAACCUAACAGAGGAUUAACAUGGCAGAUGACAAAGAGAAGAGGUGACCGUGAAGUUCACAAAGAAACAGAGGAGAAACCGGGCUGGUGCACGGAUCCACAUCUGCCUCCCUGUGCAGCGUUUGUUGAAAUCAUGGCUCCAGUGUUCUCAAGAGAUGCAUGGCGCUGCGUGUGGUAUAUGCUUCAGAAUGACUUGGUCCAUGGGUGGGGUCUUGACUUUGCCCUGAGAAAAUGUGUAUACCCUGCACAUGAGAAGAUUGGAGUUGUAGAUUCGCAGUGGAUUGUUCAUCAAGGCGUUCCCUCUCUUGGGAACCAGGGAGAAACACAAAAUGGAAAGGCACCAUGGCAAGGGGUAAGGGAGAGGUGUAGAAAGGAGUGGACAAUGUUCCAAGGUAGGAUGGCAAAUGCAGAACAUGCGUAUUUUAAAGCCAUGGGAAUUGAUCCUCCCAGUUCGACAGCUCAUUAGGGACACAGCAAUAAGAGAAAAGAUAACUGUUGGCUACCAGCGCCACCAUUUUCGUAGAGUUUUUUUACAUAUAUAUAUUUAUUAGAUUCCUUAUUAUAACCUGUAACACUAUUUAUUAACAUUGUCACUCUUCAUAUCUUUCGUUAAUACAACGUGAAAGCCAUAUAUAUAUAUAUAUAUAGAAUUUCAGUGUUGAUUGGAGCUA